AUGGGGAUGAUUAUGAUGAUGAUGGGGUCCUAUUGGAUUGCUCACAGUCAGUUGUGUAGGGGAUGUUGUGGUUGUGCAGGGGAGGUGGAGACGUCUAAAAAUCCAGUUCUAGGUGAAGAAGAAGAAGAAAUUGGUGUAGUUCGGACUCGCAUGUUCUAUUUAGCGAGUUCGCUAUUUUGCGAACCACUUUUCAACGUCGCUAUGUUAAAAGAGCGUGUGAAAAGAUAUCUUCAUGUGAUCUGUGAGAUCAAUCUCAAGCUAGAAAAUCCAGAAAUGUGA